CUUGUAUAUAGUUGCCAUAUUCGUCUGCGUUUUAGACAGACCCAUAAAUGGCGAGUUUUCCGAAUGUUAAAACAACAACAACAACAACUAUAAUUUGUUGUCAUUAAGAAUGGACACCAGUCAGCCAAGUGACACACCUGUUACAGACUCAUGUGUUGCUCCAGUAACAUCUACUGAUGUAUUCAUACACAACGAAUCAGCUAAUGCAUAUGUACCAGAAAAAGAGGUCACAACUGAUGAAACAGAAGUGGAAUCAGCUGAACA